UUCUGUCACUUUCUCAGGGAAAGUGUUUUAGUGUUGCACAGCGUGCUGGUUCCCAUAGCAACUGGUGUGUGUAUGUGUAUAUGUGUGCUGCUGCCCUGCAAGUGUGACUGGGAGCUGGAGAGGGAGCCUCUCAGGUUCCUUAGGUUCCCAAAAACAAGAUGGAUCGCAAACUCUCCCCAGACGAGCUGUUGAGUCAGGUCAAUCAGUUUUGGGGCAUGUUGGAUGAUAUGGUGGAGAAUAGUCCAGAGAGCUACCAGAAGUUUAUACAGCAGCACAUGAAGGAAGGACAGGAGUUAUUGGUUCCCCCAGAACCACACUUGUGCUUCCAAACUAAAAUAUUGGAUCCAGGGGAGAGAUUGCUAUUCAUUAACAUCUGUAAAUGGAAAAGGGUCCCAGCUCCCAAGUCUGAUGCAGAUCCUGUGCCUCUGGUUGCUGGGACAUUCCAGGAGGUUUCUGAAGGAACUGUGGCCGACAUUGCCUAUAGCCCAGAGAUACUGAAGAGAGCAGACUGUGACCCGGUAGAACAGGACCAGCUCAUCCGACUGGCUAUGAAAUACAUUGAACAGCAGCACAAAGUCACCCUUUGCCACUCUUACCACAUUGCUCCAUUUAAACUAAAGGGCAACUUACAGCAAAUGAGAAACCGUCUUGAAGGGAGACCGAAGAAGCCAACAAACACAAAGAAAAAAACAGAAGGAGUUGCUGACAGGCCUUUACUGGACCAAUUAAAAAACAUAGCAGUGACCGGAAAAGAGGAAGAACCCACCCUCCCCAUUCACAUAACGAAAGACACUAAUAGCAGGCCUGUGAAAGCCGGCCUGAUAGAGGUGAUCUCUACUACAGAGCUGGAUGAGGAAGACCUACUUUCUCCACCACAACAUGAGCUGUCUGUCACUAAGGAUGAGUCUGGGAAGCCACAUAAAGUAAUCCUAACGGCUGAAUUACAAGGGGUUCGCUCAGUUUCUGGCUGCGACCUAAGUGUGUCCAAGAAAGAUUUGAUGCUGGAGGUCCCUGGAAGGUACAAACUGCACUUAGAUCUACCCGAGGUGGUCAAUGAGGAAACAGUCACCGCAAAAUACAACAAAGCAAAUAAGACUUUGACCGUCACCAUGUUUGUGUUAUAAUCCCACCACCGGACCUAUCCACAGCACACAAGCAAUGACCUGGUCUUUCUGCUCAGAUCUCUAUGCCCAUAGCCAUGUGAAUAAUGACAGUGUUGUUCUUGAACAAUAGAUGAUAGCUGGGGUGGGGGGCAAUAUUUAUUAAAUGGACAAACAGUAUUGAGCAAGUUCUGUUCCAAAUAUGGCAGCUCUCACAAUGCAAGUUUACCGUUAGUUAAAAGUCUAUGAUCAAAUUAUAUUCUCUGAAGAAAAUAAACCAAGCUUGUAUAUUGUAAGGAUGAUAAAUCUCAUCUAAAUGAAACUAAUGUUUCUCAGA